GUGCGGUCCUUAGCGUUAGGUAAAAAAAAAAAAAGGACGAAACGAGCAGCUACCCAAAAGCACAAAGGCAUCCACAGUAUGGAGGUAUCACAUGGCACAGCUGCAUCACCUGGAAGCGCUCGAAAAUCUGAAGCAAGCGGCCAUGAGCAGGUGCAGCUGUUUAAUAGCAGGUUCCAGAACCGAUAGAGCGGAACCGUGGAAAAAAAAACUGCCGCUUGUACAGUGAGGAAAGACUCGUGAAGCCGGCAGCGGGAGUAGGAUCGACGAGUCCCGUCCGCAAGCGUCCGUGUGUGGUGCACGCUGUUUUACGUGACGGGAUGCAUCCCCUUGCGCAAGGAAUGAAAUGGAAGGAAAGGCGAGAGAGUCUGACCGUCACGCCAUCUCUGGCCCCCCGCGCCUCUCGAGUGUGCGAUGCGACGAAACGAGGCGAUAGACCCGGUGUCCGCAGGCGCCGCCGUCCACCAAGCAGCAGGCUUCCAGAGCUCCGCCUGCCCGCGCACAGGUAUGGCACGAGGGUCGGGGAGACUGGCACCACCUCCCGCCUCUUUGCUGCGUUCGCCCCUCUGCGUCCUCGCAGGAAGGAAACCGAGAGGGAGGACCCUGUGCCGGUGCCCUGUCUCCCUGCUCCGCCGUGCAGCAGUCGCUCCUGCUUGCUGCCCCCUCCCUCUCCCCCCCGUGGAACAGGCAAAGAGCGGUGGCGCGUCGCAGAGAAGGCAGGAGAGGAGCGCAGAAAGCCGUCUGAGCCAGCCAGCGAUGGAAGAGCGGCGGAGAGCUGGCGGGAGAGAGCGGUGACCGGGAGAAGGAGGGGGGAGCGGGACAUCCAGCAAAUGAAAGGGGGAGGUGAGCGGAGCAAAUUGAGGAGACGCGGAGACGGAGGGAGGGAUAAGGGAUGGGAAGAGAGAGGGAGGGGAAGCGAGAGGGAGAGAGAGAGAGCGAGAGAGAGAGAGAGAGAGAGAGAGAGAGAGGGGAGGGGGCUCCUUCGUCCUUCGCCUCGUCUCCCUUUCGCUGCAGCAGCGGUGCUGUCUACAUCCGUCACAGCCAGUCAGUGCGCGGCGGAGGCAGCACUGGCAUCCCGCUCACGCUCAGAGGCUGAGCUCGCUUGUUACCAAGGUGUCAGGAUCUUCCGGGGCCUCGCGGUACUCGAGCACCCCUCCCUUUCCCAGCCCUGCCUCCCUCUCUUUUUCACUCCUUUGCCCCUACUCCCUCUGCCUCAGUGUGCAUAUGCGUUUCUGUGUGUGUGCGUGUGUGUGUGUGUGUGCGUGCAUGUGUUUUCAUUGAUCUACCCGUCUUCACGUACAGGCCGAAACGCUCAGACUUUUGCAAACACGCAUUAGAGAAGCAGGGGCUCGCGCACAGCCGGUUUACCACUGUAUCGCUUAAAGAGGAUCCAGUACUAACGCUGCCCUGCAAGGAGUGAAAUUCCCAUUUUAACAUCUUCCACAACAAUACGUAGCCUUUUCAAUGGCAACCUUGAUUAAUUUGUUGGUUGUGAUCGCCACAAAACGUCUGGUAACUUGUUUUCAUUCAUCUUUUUCACACAACCGACAGACGGCAUUCAGGUACAGCUAAAGGAUGUACCCAUAAUGCCUCCGCUGACCUUCUCCCCAUUAUCCUCUUCCUGUUUUUAUAGCCAGAGCCCCCUUUCGCACGGCGCUCUCAUCGCCGCAGCUCAGAGCACAAAGCCCCGUCACGCUUACCACGAAAACACAGAGCGGAGCCCGCGGCUGGCGCCUUAAUAACGGCGAUCGCAGCGCGCAACACACACACCCCCCACCGAGGCGAUGUCACGGCACAGCCGCAGCCGAGAAAGCCUUCCAUUGAAACGAAUCUCUCCUCGGCUUUCACCCCCCUUGAUCCUGCCCUGCCUUGAUGUGUUCAACAACCCCUUGGACGGCCCAAUAAGAUUACAGUGAUUCGGUGAAAAUGACAGUGAAAAGCGCCGUGCCCGGUCUGUGUACACCCGCUUGAGAGUGUACGCAUUUGGGAACAAAUUUGUUUUCACACUGUAGCGUUUGCACAGACAGACUUCAGGAGAAACAUUGUUGUGAGCCCCGUGUUUAUUGAACAUAUCAUUAUGAAUCUAUUUCAACAAAUCCCUGUAAAGACAUUGCACGGCGUGUGUGUGUGUGUGUGUGUGUGUGUGUGUGUGUGUGUGUGUGUGUGUGCGCGCAUGUGUGUGUAAUCCCAUGCUGCUUCCUGUUUAGCUGGAUUACUUUGUUACAGACACCCCCAGACUGAGAGGAGAAAUCAGGCUGCCUUGAGGCUGGGAUUACUCUUCCUCUCCUUUCGAACACCCACACACCCCGUAGCUCUCAGCCACUCACACAGACGCACAGAGACACCCGUGCAUCUCUGUGUGCUGCAUGCGCUCCUCAUUUUUUUGAUGUGAAAGCCAGUCACGAGUGGCCCAUCGUGUUCCCCGGCGUCCCUCUACCAUCCGGAGGUACCCGCAUCCUACCCCCUUGGGAAGGUACUUGAGAAGGACCCACAAGGUAGCCUUGGACAAAGUGCUCCUCCUGGAUUCCCCGCAGCCCCUGGGGGGGCUUCACGCCUUCCCGCUUCUCUGAGCUCUGGAGGUGGCAGCAGAAGCGCCAGCCACGUCUCUGAACUGACCCAUUGUACCAAGCUCACCUUACGAAUCCGGAUCCCGGCAAGUCGCUGCCGCCCUGCCUCUGUGACCUAUGCUGUGGUUUUAGAAUCUUUCCCAUUAUUCAUAUCACCAUCAUAUCACCACAUCUCCAGCACCUACAAAACUCACUUUUACCUUAAAAACAAUUAAUGGCAACAGUCACGAGACGACAUGCACGGAUUCGGUGGAAAGUGUCGACGAAAACGCGCUCGUUGCAAAAGACGAUUUUUUUCGCUGGCAGUUCUCAGCAGGAAAUGAGCCCACAUGUCGUCCCAGCUCUUCUGCAGCAGCUCUCACAGACGAGGGGGUGGGGGUGGGGGGUGCUUUGCUGCUACUCUUCUACUCAGUCCAUCCUAUACAAGUAUUUCCCAGUUUUCUACAUGUACACAAACUUCUGAGGGGUCCGGCACAAGAGCACAGAUUUCCACACGCAGUACGGAGACGCAGCCAAGGGAAACGACGUACAAAAGCGAAGCGUAACUGCAAGCAGCAGCUGGUAACGUAGUUGUUAAAGCCGUUUCCUUUGGACCCCAACCUCGCAGGUUCAAUUCUCACCUGCAGCCGCAGUAGCCUUGAGCAAGGUACUCCUGCUAAAAAUCUCCAGUAAAAUUGCCCAGCAGUAUAACUAGGUGAACAAUUGCAAGUGACCUUCUGACCUUUCUAACCCUCAGACAGACAUAUCUGAGGAAGUACUUGUCGAAGGAGAGGGGGCAUGCUCUGCACGAUCGAAAACGCUGGACACACGUCACAGUGUCAUGGGCCCUUCACUAAUGUGAAAUUCAGAUGGUGUGUGUUACAAGAACACAGAGCAGGAGUGAGAUACAAACAUGUGAUGCUAAAGGGUGUCCACUAAUCUCAAAGCAUUUCUAAAGAAACUUUCAAAAUUUUAAUUAAUUCUGUUGUUUUCACGCAUUGAGAAAGAAUAAAUAAACGGUCUGAUGUCUGGUGACCUGAGUGUUCCUCUUUAGCAAGGGUUUCAGCGUUCAGGCCUGACCUUCUUAGAGCCUGUUUGGUGUUUUUCAGAAUCUUUCUGAUGUUCUAUGAGAGCAGUGUGGCUCUGGGGAAAGGUGUUGUCUAAAUACAGGAGGAUGUGGGUUACAGAGUGGCUGAUGAGUGGCAGACAGGAAGUAGGCCGACACGCUACGCACGAUCCUGCCGCCAUGGCAACCCACAGGGAGCCAUACACAACAGCAAUGUAGCUAAGACCAAUGUAUUUUAAUUAAGCGAACACUACAAAACGCUUUUUUUUAACUUGCUUCCCAUGCAAGGGUUCACAACAAGCACUAAAUAUUGUCUGAACAGAACGGCAUGUGAUUAAGACAGUAGACGGAUCUCCAGAAAUAAGGUGAAACGAUGUCUGGGACAUAAUCUCUGUCAGUGUUCAACCAGAUACAGGAAGUCGAAAGGUUGAUCUUAUCAGUCUAGAGCACGUUGAUUUUGCUCACCCCGCAUACAAGUGGAUUUAUGUUUAACAUACCACUUCUCAUACGAAUUAUGCAAUACAUUUCUGAUCUAUUAUUAGUGUUUUUUUACAGCAAACCUUAAUUAGUUUAACCAUGGUUUCUAAGAAAGCGACAGCGCGUGUAGCAGUGUCGUUGACAUUUCAACAGUACAAAUAUUUCAGCUGCAA